AUGGGUCAACGGAGCAAAGUGUUGGACAUAGAAGGUCCGACGCCAAAGUUUCUAUACGCCAUUAUCAAACAGUUGAACUUGAAGGAUAUUGAUUGGAACAAAGUUGCAUCAGAUCUCGAAAUUUCAAACGGCCAUGCCGCCCGCAUGCGAUACUCGCGAUUCAAAUCCCAGAUUGACCCGAGUACCCCCAGAGCGAAAAAGAAGAAUGCCAAGAAGGGUGGAAAGGGCGACCUGAAGGGCGAUUUGCAGACACCACAGACAUUGCCACACCCUCCAUUCUCCGAACCAGGAGUCGUGCCAAAACUCGAGCCAACAGAGUCCCCGUUCCAGCCCAAUCCCAACCCGUUCGUCGUCAAAUACGAGCCCGGCAACCCCGAUGCCCACGGCAUGCAGGGCCCAUCCAAUCCCCAAGAAGGCUUCUUUUCUCCAUUUACACAGCUCAUGUCUCCCGCACAAAACAUGUUGUCCCCACGAAUGAUGCCGCCCAGGUACAUCGAGCAGUUGGACCCAGUCUCGUAUGGACCUCAGCCCCAACACGCUGUGGUCGGUGGGCCAUAUUCUCUGGCAUCGGGCACGUACGCCCCCGUCCUGAAAUCCAAUCCAUCAGCUUUUACAACAUACCCGGCCUUUUCAAUGCCACAAGAUUUCCACAGGCAGGAUUUCCACAGCCAAACACCCAGUUUCCACAGCGGACCGGUCAUACCAUGGGAGCUCGUACCACAGCAGCAAAACGAAUCUGCUCCCUCCCCAGCGAGGAUCAAGGAGGAACCAGGAACAUGUGAGAAAAGUAUUGAGAGUGUGGUGAUCAAAGCGGAGGAAGUGUCGACCGACAAGAUCUGCAUUGAGUAG